AUGCCACGGGCGGCAAACAUCUCCAAUGUGGAGAGAUCUUUCAUUCUUGAGGCCUUGUCGCAAGGAGUAAGGCUUGAUGGACGAGGUCUGAAUGAUGCUCGCAAGGCGGAUUUGACCUUUGGCGAUGGGUAUGGGAGUGUCACAUUGCGGUUGGGCAAGACCAGGAUACUGGUACAGAUCUCUGCAGAAGUCACCAAGCCGUUGGAGGAUAGGAAGUUUGAUGGCAUUUUCACCAUCAACACUGAGCUCAGCCCAAUAGCGUCCGCUGGGUUUGAUGUUGGACGUCCGUCAGAGCAGGAGGUGAUUCUCUCCCGGAUGCUCGAGAAGGCAAUCAGACGAUCACGCGCCAUCGACACAGAGGCCUUGUGUAUCGUGGCCGGCGCCAAGUGCUGGUCGAUCCGGGCGGAUGUUCACGUCCUCGACGCAGAUGGAGGUCUGAUUGAUGGCUCAUGUAUUGCCAUCAUAGCCGCCCUACGACAUUUCCGACGGCCUGAUGUCUCUGUCAAUGGCGAAGAGGUCACUAUCUACGCCUACGCCGAGCGUACACCUGUUCCACUGAGCAUCAUGCACACGCCGAUAUGCUUCACGUUCAGCUUCUAUCAUGGUGGGGAGGUUGUGAUACUGGAUGCGACUCACAAGGAGGAGCAGGUCAGUGAGGCGGAGAUGAUUCUGACGGCGAAUGACUUUGAGCUGUGUCAGAUUGCGAAGUUGGGAGGAGUAUCGGUCGAUCCCAUGGUGAUGCUCAAGCUGACUAUGCUGGCACUUGCGAAGGCGAAGGAGACGAACACAUUGAUCACGCAGAAACUGGCAGAGGAGGCUACGAAGCGUGACGUUAAUGGUCUCAUCGGGGAGCUGAGGGCGGAGAAUGAGCGCUUUGAGAAACCACUGGGUUGA